GGGCGAGAGAGAGCCGCCGCCGCUGGAGCCUCCUUCUUUCCUCCCUCGGAUUUCGGGCUGUCAUGGCGACCCCCAACAACCUGACCCCCACCAACUGCAGCUGGUGGCCCAUCUCAGCGCUGGAGAGCGAUGCGGCCAAGCCGGUGGAGGCCCUCGACGCACCCGAAGCGGCCAGCCACGCCCAUUGGCCCAAGGAGAGCCUGGUUCUGUACCACUGGACCCAGUCCUUCAGCUCUCAGAAGGUGCGUCUGGUGAUCGCCGAGAAGGGCCUGGCAUGUGAGGAGCGGGACGUGAGCCUGCCGCAGAGCGAGCACAAGGAGCCCUGGUUCAUGCGGCUCAACCUGGGCGAGGAGGUGCCCGUCAUCAUCCACCGCGACAACAUCAUCAGCGACUAUGACCAGAUCAUCGACUACGUGGAGCGCACCUUCACGGGAGAGCACGUGGUGGCGCUGAUGCCCGAGGCGGGCAGCCUGCAGCACGCCCGCGUGCUGCAGUACCGCGAGCUGCUGGACGCGCUGCCCAUGGACGCCUACACGCACGGCUGCAUCCUGCACCCCGAGCUCACCACCGACUCCAUGAUUCCCAAGUACGCCACGGCCGAGAUCCGCAGACAUUUAGCCAACGCCACCACGGACCUCAUGAAAUUAGACCAUGAAGAGGAGCCCCAGCUCUCGGAGCCUUACCUUUCUAAACAGAAGAAGCUCAUGGCCAAGAUCCUGGAGCACGAUGACGUGAGCUACCUGAAGAAGAUCCUCGGGGAGUUGGCCAUGGUGCUGGACCAGAUCGAGGCUGAGCUGGAGAAGAGGAAACUUGAGAAUGAGGGGCAGAAAUGUGAGCUGUGGCUCUGCGGCUGUGCCUUCACCCUUGCAGAUGUCCUCCUGGGAGCCACCCUGCACCGCCUCAAAUUCCUGGGACUGUCCAAGAAGUACUGGGAAGACGGCAGCCGGCCCAACCUGCAGUCCUUCUUCGAGAGGGUCCAGAAACGCUUUGCCUUCCGGAAAGUUCUGGGUGACAUCCACACCACUCUGCUGUCGGCAGUCAUCCCCAAUGCCUUCCGGCUGGUCAAGCGGAAACCCCCGUCGUUCUUUGGGGCAUCCUUCCUCAUGGGCUCGCUGGGCGGGAUGGGCUACUUUGCCUACUGGUACCUCAAGAAAAAAUACAUCUAAAGCCAGGCCCUGGGCUUGGUGUCUGAC